AAAUAUUAGAGUAUUGCGUCAGCUUGUCUGUGACUCAACCAUAAAAAUGGCUGUCAAACAUUAUUGCCCGCUCACUAGCUGAUAUACUUAAUUAGAACAUAACCCAUGAGAAUCUUAGUUGCACUCUCUUUUGUUCUCAGCAUUUCCUACACUUCUCUAGGAAUAGUACAAACCUUAGCCCUACUGACCGACUGGCAUGUCUAAUGGACCAUGCAAAAAAUAUGUCACACUUCAAAGAAGCGGAAUCGAGAAAAAUACAAUCUUCACGAAAUCAUCGAAAUGACGCCAAAAAUGUUGAUUCUGAUGCCAGACAUACGUAAUUUGUGCAUUGCCCCUCAUAUUGAGAGGAUCAGAGUUCAACAAAUUAUCUGACAAUCUCGAAAAGCGUGUUCUGCGCUUCAGUGGAUGAUUAAUCUAGGGUGCACAUUUCUAAUCUUGAUCAACAGUAGAAAAUGAAAAUUUGCAACAAUCAGCACAAUGAAAUAUUCUUAUACGUGAUGACACAGAAAAAUCUUCAGUGAUAAAUAUUUGUGUUCAUACUUAUUGUAAAUCACUGCUAUAUAAGAGUAAUAAAACUGAUUGAUUUGCAUAAUUGGUUCACAUUGCGUUCCUGAGCCCUACAAUAGUAAAAAAGAAUGCUACUCACACAAAUCUAUUCCUACUCAACUGUACGUAGGUAGGCAUGCAUUUACAAUCUUAUCUCCGCACUGCCGCCGUCUGACGAAAUAAGCUCCGAUGUUAGACUUCUAGUAAACCAGUUUACAUCACAACACGCAGAAGAAGGCUUGUCGUCGACAGUAGUAGUUGCGUACUUUCUUCAUGUCUAUCCGAUAGUUAGUAUUCAGGCCGCCGCAGCAUUCCCAAGUAACGACGGUGCUAACUGCAACCAACGGCAACCACUCGGUAAACGAACGAAUCGCUCUCUCAGUAUAGCCCUGCGCUUCAUCGGCUUCGAAUCAGGUUUUCUUGCAGUCGCGCUCCGGUUUCCUAAUCAAGUCGUCACCACUUGCAUCCAUCCAAGUCCCCAGUAGUCUCAAGCAAACGGUCUUCGGUGGGAAACAUGUUUUCGUUCGUUCACAUCGCGGCCUACUCUGUGAUCGCCUUUGUUGGCUUCAAGUUGAUAAGAUUGUACAUCGAGGGAGGCCAGUUUCGCAAGCGAACGCGCUGCGAUGGAAAAGUGAUUGUGAUAACCGGCGCCAACACGGGAAUUGGCAAGGAAACCGCGAAGGAGUUGCUGAAGCGUGGUGGAAAAGUCUACAUAGCGUGUCGAUCGCUGGAGAAGGCCAAUCAAGCUCGGGAAGACCUGAUGGCCGAGACCGGUUGUACCGAGAUUCACGUUAGGGAGUUGGACCUGUCGUCGCUGGACUCGGUGAGAACCUUUGCCAGCAAUUUCCUCAAAGAGGAACAACGUCUAGAUAUUCUGAUCAACAACGCCGGUGUGAUGGCCUGUCCGAAAGCGUCUACCAAGGAUGGUUUCGAGCUACAGCUCGGUACAAACCACCUAGGACACUUUCUGCUAACAAACUUGUUGCUGGACCGGCUGAAAGCGUCCGCGCCGUCUCGGGUGGUGAAUCUAUCCAGUCUGGCGCAUCGGUUCGGAACGAUCAACAAGCGUGAUUUGAAUAGCGAGAAGUCGUACAACCAGGUUACCGCCUACUGCCAGAGUAAGUUGGCCAAUGUGCUGUUUACGCGAGAGCUGGCGAAGCGGCUGCAGGGAACGGGAGUCACGACGUACGCGGUACACCCCGGAACCGUUGACACUGAGCUACCUCGACACAUGGGAUCCUUGUUUUUCUUGUUUGAGCACAACAUUGUUAAACCGAUUCUGCGCCUAACAUUCAAAACUCCCAAAUCUGGAGCCCAAACGAGCCUCUACACUGCCCUGGACGAGGAUUUGGCUAACGAAAGCGGAAAGUAUUACGCUGACUGCCGUGCAGUGAAGCCCAGCAAGGAAGGACGCGAUAACGAUACUGCCCGUUGGUUGUGGGACAUCAGCGAAAAGAUGGUUGGUCUUUCGGAGAAAUCAUCCUGAGAACUGUGAUAUCGAUAAAAUUGAUACAUGACAAAGGUUUGUGUAGCUAGAUCAUAAAAAUGGGUUUCAUUUGUACAUGUUAUUCCUAGAAAUAAAAUAAAAUUUUGGGAAAAUGA